AUGGCUGCCAUCGAUGCUAACGUCCAACUCGCCCACGAUCCCUUCCUGGGGAUGACCGAGGAAGAUGAAAAAUUCUACAAAGGACUAGCCGCGAAAACGCUCGUCGCAGCCGCCACCUAUCCAAUUACCGCCGUGAAAACUCUAAUUCAACUUGGACAUGAACCAUUCCCGCUCUCCUCCGGCAAGGCCCUGAUCGUCGCCGGACGCAACGCCUACUUCUUGCCCAACGGAUUUAGCUAUGCUAAACAACUGGCCGAAAAGAAGGGCGUCAGCGUGCUGUGGACCGGGUUGGAUUCGGCGCUCGUCAGCUUCGUGGUGGGCGGCACCGUGGGACAUGUUGCCAAGAAGCACCUCGACAAGUAUUACCCGGAAGUCGGCGGGUCGGCCGAAUUUGACGGAAAGGAGGAGAAGGCCCUCAGCGACCACGAGUCAUUCCGCCGCAUGCUGCGCGCGUGCAUUCGUGACUCAACGGUGCGAACGGUGGCCGUCAUUGUGGCUCGACCCAUGACGGUGGUCUGCGUCCGACAAAUCGCCCAACUCAUCGGCGGCGAGGCAAAGUACCAAACUGUCUUCCAAGGACUCCGCCUGAUCGGCAUCGAGGAGGGACCAGGAGGGCUUUUCAGUGGCCUCAUCCCGCACAUUCUCGGCGAGCUGGCCGUCGUCGCCGGCGUCCACUUUGCCACCUACUUUGCCGAGCGCGCCAUCGUCCGCUCCGGCCUCUACGAGAAGGCCAACGAGAGCGAGCAGGGCAAGAAGGAGCUCGACGACGUACGCAAGGCCGUCCACUUUAUCGUGCCGUUCGCCGUCAACUCGGUCACGUACCCGUACUCCCUCGUCUCGACGGUGAUGGCCGUCGCUGGCAGUGGAUUGGCCGUUUCAUUCUUGCCUUACAGCCCGGCUUUCCCGACCUGGAUGAGCGCCUGGGACUACCUGUCGCCGCAUGGACUCAAGCGAGGAUCGCGUCUUUUCUUGCGCGAACAGCAAGGAGCCGUGUCCGUCGGCGUCGACAAGCAGCUCUACGCCACCAACCGCCACUUCGUC